UUAAAAGUUCGAGUAAAGUGUGUGGGUGAUAAGAAGAUGUGGAGGCGAAAGUUUAAGUAUUUACUAUCACAUUUUAUCGACUUUUAUGGCAGUGAUUGAGAGAUUUAAUACUGUGAGUGAACCCGUGAUAUUUGAAUGAUGGCUUUGACAAGCUUCAAAGUUAAUCACAUUUGGUCGCAACCUUCGACAGUGCGUCAUUAUCAUGAAAUGGAUCGAAAGUGAAGUCUUCCUGAGGGAACCGCGAAGGAUGUAAUUUCUGUUGAUCUCACUUUGACACUUCUCUGCUUUCAACUCAGCCGUGCGCAGUGAUUCAGGGAACGUCAGUAUGCAUCAACAAAGUCGCUUGUCAACCAUCUCGUUCUGGUUCUCACAGAUGAGUGAGACAUUGCAAGCGGUCGCCUUGGUGACACUGUUUAGAAGAACAACACCAAAAAUUUCCAAAUUUCUAGCGAUCAUUCUGGAAUCGGCUCUUAGUGACGAGACAGAAUUGGAAGCCUCUAUAAUGGAGGCUAAUAAUCUAGCAACUGUUCGAAGUAUCAGAGCACUGGAGCAGGAAGGUGCAGCCAUGUCGAAAAUUCUUACCUGCCUACCUCUGUUAGACCCACACAACGUAGAGGCAAAAAAUGAAUAUUUGAAUAUCUCGAAAUUGCUCUUGAACAACGCUGUCAGCACGGGGUUCUUUUUAGAAGAAGCCAAAGAAUUAAUGACAAUUCUUAUUCUUCACCCUGCUUUUAAACCAGAGAAGAAAUCUUUUGAGAACUAUAACCGAGCUCUUGUAGAAAAGUGUCAGAAAGAUUUGGUGGAAAAUGCCACUAGUUUUCCAGUUGGGAAAAUUAAUGCCAAGCAGCGCAGCAACAGUCUCACUCCACCGUACUCGGAGCACUUUAGCCAGGACUGCGACUAUGCACGAAAAGUACGAAGCAGCAGUAUUUCUCUCUAUGGUGGACCAUUGUCACCUCAAUCUUCCGGAACAACGUCCUCGGGCAGCGGCUCUGAAACCCAUCUUGAAAACAUGCACCUGAUUAGUCCGAAUGCCAUCGCAAAUGAUCCUGUACUUAGAAAUGAUGUUGAGGCUUGGUUAAAAUACUUGAGGCUGCACAAAUACACGGAAAUUUUCCUCAGGAUGUCUUACGAGCAACUCAUCAGCAUUAACGAAUCUAAUUUUGAAGAAAUUCUGUUGAGUCUUGGUUAUGAACGUAUCACGGAAGGCGCGAGACGGAAAAUAAUCUUGCAUAUCAGUAAACUUGGGGAGAGAGUUCAAGUUUUAAGCAAAAAGGACGAGGAGGUCACCUCAGGUGAAUCCUUGGUGCUGAAAGCAGCAAUCGACGAACUAAAAAUUAUUGUCAAUACGCCGAUUAGGUCUACGUGCUUGGUGCCACACAAUGAGGCAAACAUACCAUCAUUAUAUUGUAGUGUUCUCAACAAAGUCUGCACGUACACAUUAACGAGCUCCAACUGUAAUGCACAAGCUAUCCUUUGUGAUCAACUAAUACCUCUCUUGGACAUCACCUUAGAAAAACCAGCUUUCAUGCAUCAAAAGAAGAAAAUCAUGGAAUGGAAAUCGCAGAUAACGCAGUUAAAUGCCAGGGUGCAAUCGAAGCAUUUUCUGCAUGCGCCACAACGACCGAAGAUUCACCGGAAUAGCCUAACUUUGUCGCCAACAUUGAAUGUAGAAACUUUGCAGCUUCCCAAAAAGCACAGUUUACAAGACCACAUUCCACUCAUUGCACAGCGUCCUCCAUCAGCGCCUCCAGCUCAAAGCGGCAUUGAUAGCUUAGACAGGCUGGAAAGCCUAGCCAUCAAAGUAGCAGAAAAACCUCUGUCACCAGAGUAAGAAGUGCACAUGAUAAAGUUUUCAUGAUUCGAUCUUACAAUGAUAUCAUUCUAAUGAACUGGACCUAUUUGACAAAUUAAGCACAUGUUGACAGAAAUGGUAGUUGAAUCAAAUUUGCCGAGUUUUGAAAUUAGUGUCGUUGUUCUUGUAACAACUUCUUUUUUUAAAUAACACUGCAGACUUGGGUUCAACAACAGUUACCAAAAAUUUCCUCCUCAGACACUUUUUGUGUGCAAACCUCCUCUUUUAACCCGCUGCAGCUGACAAUUAUGCCGUAACACUCAGCACGAUUGCUGAAACCCCUCUGAAAUAUAUUCAAGUAUCUAACUGUUGGUUGCUGUCAUAAGCUAUACAUUUUUCCACCUUUUCGAUGUUUUUAAAUUGCAAAUUUUGGGAAUUUAAAUAGUUGGAUUCAGGCGCUAAAAAUUGGUAGAACUUCUUGCCAUUUUCGUAAUUUGCUUGUAACAUCAGCGGAAAGUUAAAAGUUUCCUCUACAAAUAUGCUUUUGCUCUAUACUCUCUUUAAGCUCACCAUUGCAAAUCAUUUCAUUUCACUCCUCCGUUUACAGCAUGGCAAAAUCGUCAAAUUAACGAUUGUAUCUCAUGUUUUUUUAGUAGUUUUCCGGAAUUCAGGUUGCUAACAAAUCCAAUUUUCCUUAUCUAUGGGGUGCUUAGACCUAAGUUUUAUGGUGCGUUAUGUGUUAUAUGUUUGUAUACUUAGUUAACAGAAAUGGGUCAGUUGUGCAUGCCCUUUUAUCAUGUUUAAAUUAUGGUAGCUUUCACCAAGGAGUUAGAUAGAACGUCUAUCUGAAGGCCAGUUUUCCUGGUUUAUCAUAUGAUACGAGUAUGAUAUUUGUCCUUCUUGAUGAAUCUUCCCAGCAAAAUAUAGGCGUUGAAGGGUAGAAAACCGGAGAUCAUUUCUAACUUUGAAAGACAUCCCUUACGAUUUCUGUCCUUAUUUGAUGGCAUUGGAAGUAUGUCUUGAAGAAACUGAAAUCAAAAGGAGAGAUUUACUAUGCGAGUGAAAUUUACGUUAACGCCAUUAUUUUUACCGGAAUGAAUCAUGGCUCGGAUGUAAUUUCACUAGGAAAAUAUGAUGAACUCACAAAUGCUGAGCAUUCAAAACAAGGCCCAGUUGAUCUUUUGAUUGGAAGAUUACCCUGAAAUGAAUUAAGUGGUGUUGAUCAUGCCAGAAAAGGAAUCAAUGAUGCAACUGGCACUGGGGUCCUAUUUUUUUAACCUCUUCAGUAUUUUGCAAUUCCUGAAGAACUAAUUCUCACUGUAACAGGCACAACUGACCUGUUCAUUUCUCUUAUUGUUUUUCAACUACAACAAUACUUUUCCUUUCCUUGCAACUGAAUAUUCCUCUUCUCAGACUAUUGUCUUGUUUCAGGAUACAUUGACAAUUGUAUCGAGAACCCUUAAGCAACCGAUAAAACCUAUUAUUUAGCUACUUUCUACCAAAAUUCGUAAAUCAAUCUAACGAUAUUUUGCAAUAAGGGACUUUAAUUUCUUGCUCAGCCAUAGAACUAGUGCCACCUUAAUACUCUCUAAAAUAGGCCAUCAAUGGAUGUAUCUUAUCGCAAAAUGCAGUCCAAUAUGGUUGCAAAAUUUGAUGUAUUCCAAAUGAGGAGCAAUUAAAUUUUUCUCAGAAAUCAUGAAUAAUUGUAAAACUACUAAACUUUUUGAUUGUAUUCUAAUUUUAUUUUCUUGAAGAAACUGUUUAAUCAUUUCCUCACAAAGAUUUGCAUAUCUACCAAAAAAUCUGUUGCACUACCAAGUGAUUUUAAUGUCUGUAGUAAUAUUGAUUUGAUUAGUUCCCUCCUGGUAUAUUCUAAAGCUCUCCCACUGGUAGUUUAUCUUGACUCUUGAUCAUAAGUUGAGCAAGAAAAACGAAAUAUUGGCAAACCUUUCUCUGCACCAGCAUCAAUCAUUACUCAUUGUAAUUUUUAGUCAUGAUCAUAAAUUUUAUUUUCAUCGCUUUGUUUUAUUAAUACAGUACAUUGAUUAUUUGUCAUGUACUGUUCGUACAUUUUAUCUUGUCUUUUUUCGAGGAUAAUGAUAAAUCAAUUAAAUUUUUCUCUUUCUAGCAACCUUCAAAGCAAACCUCAUCCUGCAUUAUUAUCGAUCGUUUAUGUUUUUCAUUUUCAUUUUCAUAUAUUUUAUUUUAUGUCUAUUAUUUGAGUUCUAUUUUGUAAAUAUUAUUUUAUUUUUUUCUUAAGUGGUAUCGAUCAUUUGUUAUUCACCAAUCGUAUAUUUUAUCUUAAUGUUUUUUGCCUCUGAAAAAUGACUAAUGAAUUAUCGCUAUUAGUUUUCUUAUUUUUUUUUAUCUUAUCUCGUCUCUAUACUUUCAAGUAUUGUUCAAUUCUUCCGAUUUUAUUCCAUUCCUACCAAUGUCAGGAAACUGUUCGAUUUUCUCUGUAGUGAAGAACCUGCCCCUUAUAUUUUAAGUAUCAUUGUCACCAGUGUUCUGCCUUCCCCCUAAAAUUUUAGGAGCCAAAUUAACUUAUUGCAUAUUCAUUAUAUGCUUCCCCUCUUUCACAAUUGCCAGUUUGAAAUAAUCGGCGGGGUGAGUAAACUUUUUUAGGCACCACGAUGGCCCAGCCCCUUAAUUUUCAGUCGUUGAAGCCCGAUUUUUUGGCGCAUGGCACGCUGGAAGGCAGAACACCGAUUGUCACCAAUUCUUUUUACAGUUGUGUAUCUGUCCUCCUGGUUUAGAUUACCUAAUGAUCAAUUAUGGUUGCAAUAGUUAUCUCAUGUUUUUUUGCCAUCUUUAGCAAUAAUUUUGUACUACUUUACUAUCACACUUCUCUUUUGAUUAUCCUUUAAUAAGUCUCCCAUACAUUUGUAUCGGUAAAUUCAAACAUCUCAGAUGUGUGUCAUCUUUGUACCUGUAGCUCGGCUUUAAAGAAAGCCAGAUGAUUUUGCAAAGUGACUUUUAAGAAGGUGGUAUAGUGUUCAGCUUCUCCCUUUAGUAUGAGUAUGAGGUGCCUGAACUUACCAGUCUUUAAUGACACUAUCCUACAAAACUAAAAAUUUUAGUUUGCCACAUGUCUCCAUCAGAAUUUCAAAUCAAUAUCUGAUAAUUAGAGGUGAACAUAGCACUAGUGGGUAAAUUCGAACAUUUAGAAUGGUUCAUUGUAAAAAGUCAAUCAUUGAACAGGCUAUAAUAUUGUUCAAUAGUAGAAAUCGAAACUAUUUUUAUUGACUUGUUUUAUGUGGAUGUUUCCGUUCGGAUUCUUUUAUUUUUUUAAAACAAUUUGUAAUUACUUCAUGCAAUUGAACUUAUGUUUCCCAAGGGCCUAAGUCCCAAAAUCCAAAUUUCAAGGAAAACUGAAGAAACUGUGCUUCUUGAUUUGCACUUCAUCUUUUGAGCCCAAAAAUGUAUGUGUCUAAAGGAUACGUACUGAAACUGGGCUCCGUGGACCGUCUUUAAACUUUUCUCUUUUUUCUCAAAAUUUGGAUUUUAGCACUUUGGCCCUUAUCAAAUAUGUAGGUUCAAUUAAGUACCUAUUUAUUACCUUUCAAUUGUAAAUGACGUGUAUUAGCAUUUGGAUGCAUCAAGAUCUAUAUUAAUUUUCCACCAGCAUCUCCAAGUGACAAGUCGCUAGAGAUAAAGGCAGUCAGAUGGAAUUGUCUUGACAGACUUGUCCUUUAAAAUUGUUUUCUUUUACGCUGUAAUUUUUCUGAAUACUUCGUGCUGUAUUAAGUGAAUUCUGGAUUGUUAAGGAAGAGAGAGAAGUUGCAUGAUCCAAACAACACAAUGACAUGUGCUCUUUCUCAGAAUAACCUCUCAAAUACUCUUCUCAACUUUUUUGAAUUUUUAUUGCAUUGACUCGAAUUUUAACGUUCCUACUCUUGUCACGCUUGUUGGCCGUAUUUAAAAGUGCAGCAGAACAGUUGCGGUUUUUGCAAUGAAAUGAUAUGCAAACGCGGAUUUUCUUCUUGCUCUAAGUCAGCAAACUUAUUUGGUAUUAAUUCUAAUGAAUGUUUUGAAUUGUGAAUUGUUUUAAUGUGAAUGCAAUCCAAAGCAAUGGUGCUUUCGAUGAAUCGGUGUGUAAUCGCAUACCCUACUUUGUAAUCGUAUGCUCUACCUUGCAAUUUGCUCUUUAGCAAUUGAGAGUAUUAAUGUCUUAUCAAUGCUUAUUGAGCAUUCAUCCAAUUUUCUUCACAGUUUUACGUUUGUUUUCUUUCACAGGGUCUUAAUGAAAUUUUAUUGUAGGUCGAUUCUCUAAUUGUGAAAUGUAAUCCCCUCUGUUGUUGUAAGAUUAUGAUCGCCCCUGGAGAAAAUUUAUCAGUGAUUAAAUGCUGCAGUACCUUUGGAUAAUAUUUUUUUUUUUUUUUUUAAUGAAAGGAAAAGCUUAAUGAAUUCAAUCCGACGAUCUUUAUACUCCUGAUUUCUAAUUAUGGCCCGGGUAUUUUUAUCAAUAUUUUUCUAAUCUUGUUACUUUUUCGACUCUGCUCAAGUUCUAGAUUAUUAAUCCCAUGUUUCCUUUCGUUUUUUUCUUUCAUUUUGAGACGUAUUUUUGUAAAUAUUGAUGUUUGAAUGUGUAUCAGUAAGAAAAAUUGUCAAUGAUUUUGAGAAGGGCGAUAUAAGACCUUAAAAUUCAAGUCAAGUUAAUUUUCUCUGUUUCAUUACUAUUUUAACUGCUGUCAUUGUGGGAAGUAAAGGGCCAACCGCCUAAGGCCUACCAUUUCAGCAGAUUCGAAUGAGACCCCAAUUUGUGUAUUUGACUUUUAAAGCUUCCAAAUUCAAUUAUCAGUAGCUUGUUGGUGCUGUAUCUUGAGGAAGUCCAUGUACGCUCCUUGUCAAUAGAAAUAUUGAUUCAGGAAAUAUAUGUGAUUGAUUCAGGCAAAAGAGCCUCCAAGGUGCAAAUUCUAAUUAUUCAACACAGCAAAAUAACCAAUAUCGGGUUCGAAGCAUUAAUAUUCAAUUUCAUUACUGUACGCUCAAAGAAAUCAAAUUUCAAGCCAUAAUUUUUAUUACAAGCUGUGUUACAAGUGUUUAAAAAUAACCUACUUUUAAAGCUGGCAACUGUGCCUGCAUUCUUCUGUCUGUUCUCCUCAAAUUCAUAUUUUCGACUUUAAAAUGCUCCCAAACAGUCAACUCUUCCCUUAAAUUUUUCAAGGUCCCUUUUGCCUGACUCAAAGAAAUAUGUCAAGUGGACUAAUCUAAUUUAAUUUUUUUAAAGAUUCAGAUUGUAAGUUUACUUGUUCUGUAAACUUUUAGUACUCUAUUUUCUUGCAAUUUCAAGUUUCUUAUUUAGCCGCUACACGAAGUUCCCAAUAGUUGGCAUCGCUGGAGCUAAAGCCCUUACAUGGUAGUCCAUUAGGGAUUUAACGUUUCACUCUCCGAGCUUCUUUCCUGAUUCAAGAGUUUUCAUGCCUGCUGUUCAAUAGCAGCACAUGAUUUUUUUGUUGUUAAAAUUUAUAUCUUCAUAAUUGUGAUAUGCACAAGAAAAUCUGAAUAUUUUCAAGUGAUCCUUUAGUCCCUAAGUUCAUUACGUGGUUUUCUGUUAUGAUUUUUGACUAAUUUUUUUUCCUUUGCUUCUUUGAAUCUCUUUCUGAUAGACACAAUUAUUUUUUAAGCAAUGUGUUUACGUGUCUCAAUAUUCAUUUGUUUCUGUUCAUUUUGUUCUUUGUUAAUUUUUUAAUAAAUGUUCCAUUUGUAUUCCAU